AGUGACGCUUCCGAUUUUUCGCGGUAGUCAAGCUAGGCGGCUUGCUUUUCCUGUGAAAUACGCAUUAAAUUAGUAUUAUGCGACGUGUGUGGACUAAGAAUCAUGUCUAAGUGUUAAAAUCAAUUACAAAUAUAGGAUUCUCGUUGAAAUCGUGAAAAAAACACGGCCCAAAGCGUUCAGUUGGAGCGUGGUUCGAAGAUAGUUUUUUUUUGAGUUCUAAAAGAAAACAACAUGGCGCCUUGGCCAAACGAUGUUGUUGAGAUGACCCUGCAACUUGAUUACUGGCAGGACGAAUUGAGUCCGGCACAAAAAGCCGCCUAUGAAAAAGCUGAAAAAGAGCAUAAUGAAAUACGAAACAAGCUUAAAGAGAUCGUCAAAGAAACUGGAGGUAAAAACAUCUUCGCCGGUGAAGUUUUCACCGCCUAUCAGGUGUUGGGCCCGGUUCCUGGCAUAGAAAAAAUAUCGCAACCCGUCGCAUCGCUGACUCGAAAGAAACUCCCCACACAACCACCGCCACUGGUACUGGCCUCCACUUCGCGAGUGAUGAGCGCUUCGCCGGCUGUCGAAGCAUCAACGAGCGGAAGACGUAGGGGAAGACGCACCGACGAUGAUGUCGAGCCUGUACUCGACCUGGUAGUAAGCGAUGAUGAUGAUGAGGACUAUAUUCCACUUUCGAAGCGCAAGCAGCGAGACAAGGAUAAACCGCCCGCUUCUCCGGUGGUAACACGAAAACCGGCCACUCCAGAAGCUAAAACAAAGCUACCUGCAGCAGCGAUCGGCACCACAGCCGUGCGCCCGACGGAAGCCAGUGCGAUUGGAGGAUUGCAGGUUGGCGUCGCAGAAAAGGACAAGAAACGCGUCGUCGCAGAACCGAGCGCUGUGGUCGAUUUGACUGAUGACGAUGGCUCCAAACCGGUGGCGGACUCUAGAGAGAUUUCGUUCAGCAAGAUCCAGGCGAAAACAUUCCCCUCGCUCGUGGUUAUUGCCAGACCGUCGCUUCGUGUGACCGAUAAGGUACCGAAUGAUCGUAGUCAACUCGACUUGAAGGUGAAACACGUGCUGGUGUUCCAAGCAACAAAGUUCACCGAAUGGCUCAUUCAGCAGGGGCUCAUAAAAUCGGAUCAAUUUUGCAAAAUCCACACCGACCAAUCCCUUAAGUUGGGUAUGUACUCCGACUUGAACAAAUUUCCCUACUCGGGGGGGUAUUUUUGGAUCAGCGACUGUUGCCCACAGCGAUUCACAUCCGUGUUCAGUGGUUCCUUGUUCGAAGGAUCGCCUCAUCCUCCAUCGGUGAUACUCAAAUUGAUUUACCAUUGGGCCUGUCAGACAAACGUUUCAAAUGUAGUGAACUGGGUAAAGGUCGACAACGUCUAUCUUAAAAACCUUUACACCCUGCUGAGAUCCGUCUGCACGUUAGCAUUGUGUCGUCAUUUGAAGCCUCUGGGUGGGCCUGGAAAAUCCGUAGAAAUAGGCGUUAUUUCUCUUGGGACGACCACGCAAGAUGGUCAACAGCGUCAGGUGAAGGUGGAGGUUUUAGGAGUGCUUGAUCAGUCAACGAAGCUACUUCGCUUGCGUGCGGUGGAACCACUGACCGAUGGUGAUAAAAGCUACAAGAAAAGGUUCGCAAAAAUUCUAGAACCCCUCAACGAAUGGGUGCACAAGGACAGCAUCAUUCUUACCGAUCUGACCGUCGACAAAGGCACACUGAACACCAUGGGGUACAAAACGGUGCAACAAGUGCCGCCCGCGGAAGCUAAUGGCAAAAACAGCAAUGCCAACAUCAUGGACUAUUUACGUCGCAUUGUUCCCCGAAUGUUCCAAAACACCUUAUCAUUGUUGUCACGGCAAAUCAUUCAGCAGUUUCUGAACGAGUUAGUCUGGCGCGAAAUGUACGGGACGAGCCCUCUAGCCACUUUCGAUAAUAUAGUGAAGCAUCUUUCGGAGCAGGCAAAAAUCGAAACCAUCGAUAAUCUGAUCACUCGGCUCAACAAGGUUUCUGCAGAUCCGUUCAAGCAGUGGGACAUUGUGCCAGAUAUUCCCAGAACCCCCGCUAAACGUGGACGAAAACCGAAGGAUUAUUCCGCUACCCAAUCAACUCCCUCCGCCACUCCGGAGGUUUCCGCUCCAACGGUGUCUCCAGUCAGUGCUUUGCCCACUGAUGCGCCGAAAAAGAGUUUCCUCAAGAAGGCGCAAAGGGAGGCACAAAAUUCCACCUCCUCUCCGUCGACACCUCCUCCGACAGUGCAGGGAACAACGCAGAAGAAAACGCCCGGCCGGAAGCAGCAAAAGGAGCAAACCGUAACGCUGGAAAACUACUACUACGGCUCGACCGGCGGUCAACAGUUGAAGGAGUCGGCACGUGCGUGCACCGAAUUCGAAGUCUGGUGCCCCGAAUGUCCAGAGCUAACGUUCCACAGCAACGUGGAGCUGCUGGAUCACUUGUUGGGUCACGUGCGAGCUCCGCCGGCGGACAGCAACGGCAGAAGCGUCAUCCAAUGUCGGUGCUGCCUGGCGUAUCUGAUGGAUAAGGCAGAUCUCAAAAAGCACCAAGAAAUCUAUCAUCCGAAAGAAACCAAGAAUCCGUUUGUUAAGACAUGUGUGUGUCUUAUUUGUGAGCAAAGUCUCAGCACCGUCCCGGUGCUAGUUGGCCACCUGCAGAAGAAUCACUACCGGCAGGAAAUGCCGUAUCGUUGCGCCGGAUGCGACUUCCGUAGCUCCACCCAGUCCACAACGGUGGACCAUUUCUACAAGCAGCACAAAAAGUCCGCUUUAUUGCAGUGUCCCUUCUGCCUGAAAAUGGCUUGUGCUUUCCGCAGCGAAACGUUAGGCGACAGCGUUUCCGAACCGCUCGUGAACAAUGUACGAAUGUUUCUGCUGCACAUGCGCCAACACACGAUCUACGGACGGUCCAAGAAGUGCAACAAAUGCGUGCUCACUUUCACCAGCAAAGGUGCAGCCAGAUUCCACAGUAUAUUUUCUCACGGUCCAGCAACGGAUGCUGCGGACAAGAUAAAGCCGAUAGCUAGUGUUGGAACCGAAAUUGCAAAGCCUCAGGCAAGGGUAGUUGCCCCGAAAGAAUCGUCCAUCUAUCGUAUCGUCAAACCUUUGAGUAAGCUAGUUCUGAAUAUGGGAAGCGGUAACAUUUGUCUCGAGUGUGACAAUGAUUUCGACGAAUUCAACCACAUGCUUGGUGUGGCGCGGUGCCUCAAAUGUCCUUACCAGACGGCGUGUUUACCGUCGGUUGUUAAUCACGCAGUAAACUGCAACCCAAGGGUCUCCAGCCAUCCGGUGGCAAAGCUAGGCCAGGAGAUGCAUUGCAACUGUGGUUUCUCUUCGUUCGAUGGGUACGCCUUGGCGCGGCACUUGAGCGUUUGUGGAAAGGGGGAGGGUGUAUACCCUUCAGUUGAGGCCGCACAAGCAAAUGUAGUGAAGCGCAGCAUGCUCGAUAUGCUCGGAUUGAUUCGUCGCGACGAAGACGAACAGCUUGCCGAUGCAGAAGAAGCCGAUGGUAAGAAUUCGCAGGUAGUUCCGACAGCAUCAUCGUCACCGUCACAGGAACCACCGGAGCCAUCGCUAGAAAUCCAGGCGCUGGAUGAAGAUGAACCGAUGUCCCAGGAUACUUCUCUCAACGAAGCUCACGAUGAAACGAUGGAAGAUAACGAUCAGGAGAUGAGCGAGAGAGACGAGGCCGGCGUUGCCGGUGAUGCUUACGAUCCGUCACAAUCGUUGUACAAUAUUGCGGGGGGCGGUGGAGAGCCACAAUUCAACACACAACUAUCACUCGAUGACCUUGGUCCGCCGUCGGUCCUGCCGGCACAGGACAGCGAUCGAACUCCUCAGCUGAAGGAUGAUUAUCAGUCGCUUGCAACACCGCGUGUUCCCGAUCAGCCGGAUUACUGAGAACGUGUUUAUAUCAACACGCGAUAUAUUGUGCAUCAUAAGAUGCAUUCACGGAUAUUCAAUUCAAGAACAACUUUAGUGAAACAGAACUCACAGAAUAAUGUCUCUGUAAUAAACAAUCAUACGAAGCGCCAUCUUCAAAACAUCCGGAACGUUGAAGAGGAAUGAAAUGGAUUAUAAAUAACUUAGUAACAAAAAACCAAAACACACGGGAUCAUUUUUUUACGGCUAUGCAA